CUCCCCUCAUUCUGAUUCAAUAAUGUGAUCUGCUUUCCCCCACGCGGACCCUGCUGUCUCAUCUCCCUUUCUUUACCCUUCUCUUCUUCACGCCCAAUGCGCGUUUCACCCUCACACAAAAGAGUCUCAGCGCGUGCCGCCCGAAGUUACUUUCCUAAAUAGUUCUUUGAAGUUUACUUCUCGCGCGCGCGUCUUCAUUCGACAUGACGACUAUGGCAACUCCCGCAGCUCCGACUCUUCUCCCGGCCGCUCCGCUCGGACACCACCCGGCACCGAGCUCCGUCUCUCCAGCCACCAACUCGCCGCCACCUGCGGCCACCUCCGCCGCGUCUUCCCCUGCUCCGCCAGUGGCGCACCCGGCGCUGCUCCAACAGUUCCGGGCGGACCUCUUGCUAGCUAACGGGACACCGUUGAAGAGCGGCGGAGCGCCGGUGUCCAGCGGCGCCAAGCCGGUGUACGCCACCGCGUCGCCUGUUGAGAGCACGCCGCAGAACAACGAGUGCAAACUGGUGGAGGUGAAAGGAGCCAAGCUGGCCUCGUUCACGGUGAAAGGCACAGAGCUCAUCUGCUUGCCCCAGGCUUUUGACGUGUUUCUGAAACAUCUGGUCGGUGGACUCCACACCGUGUACACCAAGCUGAAACGGCUGGACAUUGCCCCGGUGGUGUGCAACGUGGAGCAGGUCCGAGUGCUGCGGGGGCUGGGGGCCAUCCAGCCCGGGGUUAACCGGUGCAAGCUGAUCUCCAGGCAGGACUUUGAGACGCUCUACAACGACUGUACCAAUGCGAGUUCGAGGCCCGGACGACCGCCCAAGAGGCUGCAGAGUGUGACAGAGGGCGGGACUCACCACAUGCUGUCUCACAGCGGUCUGAUGCAUGCUGGGAUCAUGCCUCCUGCAGAUCUCUCCGCCCUGGCCAAAAAGAUCAAGCUGGAGGCGAUGGCAGGUUACCACAGCAGCCAGCAACACGGAGGGCCAAACGGGGAGAAUGGGGACCACAGUACCGGACUGGUUCUGGAUCAGUUGCCCUUCAUGAUGAUGUCACAUCCUCUGAUUCCUGCCAGCCUGGCGCCGGCCUCCGUUUCCAUGGCGAUGGGCCAAAUGAACCGACUGAGCACGCUGGCCAGCAUGGCCAACGUGGCUCAGCUUCACGCCAACCCACCUGCCAGGGCUCCCACCUCCGUCAUUAAGGAGCGAGUGCAGGACACCCCCUCUCCUUCACCCUCAUUGGAGGAAGCUCAGAUGUCAUCCAAUCACAGCAGCAGCGUGUCAAGUUCACCUUUGCCUACAGAGCGCACCGCAGAAACCACACAUCAUGACGCCCUCUCGUCGAGUCACGGUGUGUUGGGGCACUGUCCUGGCAUGGUGCAGGGUCCCAGAGAGACAGACGGGACGUCGGCAGAAUACAAUAAGGAGAACAAGAGGAGCCACUCUGACAAGGAUAACAGCUCCUCCGCUGCUCCGACUACCAGAGAGAGCAGCAAUAGGCACGUCUACCAGAAAGCCCCGUCAAGCAGGGAGAUCAGCGAGAGGGUGUCUUACCCCACGGGACAGAAGCUCCCAGCAGGUCUCCACCACACUCCCUUCAUCUUCCCGGAAGGCCUGUCCUCCAUAGAGACCCUGCUCACAAACAUCCAGCAGGGUCUGCUGAGGGUUGCCAUAGAGAAUGCCCGGGCGCAGGAGAAGCAGGACCAGCUGGAGAGGACGGAGCUGAAGAUGGAGCUCGUCCGAGAACGGGAGCUCAGGGAGACCCUGGAGAGGCAGCUGAGCAUGGAGCAGAAAAACAGAGUUCUGAUCCAGAAACGCCUGAAGAAAGAAAAGAGGAGUAAGAGGAAACUGCAGGAGGCGUUAGAGGAGGAGGUCAAACUUCGUGAUCAGGCGGAGCACAGCCUGCUGCACACCGCCAGCACGCACGUAGGCCAUCAAUCAAUGGCAGCGACUCCUCACGCAGAAUCUGUGACCCAGGAUGCGGAGGGGAGCGGCUGCGACGACAACAGGCUGGACACCAAGGCGAUGCAAGAGGGCAGGAUGUUCCUGCAGACCAGUGGGAUGUACUGAGGUCCACGCUGGAAGGACGAAUGAGAGAAUGGAUGGAUGGAUGGGAGAACGGUGUGAUGAAGAGUCCUCCCUUGUGACAAAAACAAUCGACUGGCAUGCUCGCUCCUGCAGUGGCAUCAGAGGCACAAAUCUCCUCCUCCCCCACAUUUCAAGGGCGACACCUGAACUUUCUUGUUGCUCUCUUGUUUAAUUUAUUGAAUUUGUCAUCAAACCUCAGCCGUAGUGGGAAGAGCACUUUGUUCUGUUGCUGUGUUUGAAUGUGUUUCUUUCAAUCCAGCCUUGUAGGUCCUAGAUUAUAAUGACCAUUGUUGCUCUUUUACUUUUGAUUUCUUCAUUUUUACUUUGUCAGUGCUGUUUUACUUUUAUUUGUAUUUUUUUGGGCUCGAGUGAUGAAUCUAAUCUGUUACAGAGUUGUGUACAUAUGCAUAGUCAUCAUUUUUAUUAAUUAUAGUAUUAUUAUUAUUAUUAUGACAACCAUAGAGGCAUGUUGUACAGUCAGUACGUGACCUGUAUUGUGUAUGUUAGUGCAGUUUGACAAUACAAACAAUACAAAUACUUUUUAUUAAA